AUGAUAACCCGAUCAGUGAAAGCAUUUUGGCAACGACAUUUGAGAAAAGUUGGACUGGGUAUUAAAUCCGAAGAAUUACAAGGUAAUUUUUACAACCUGGGCAUUAAAAUUUUUUAAUAAUGUAAGGAAAGGUGAGUUACAUUAUUAAAUUUUUUGUUUUUAGAAAAAGUGGUAGGAUGGUCUAAUCAGAUGUUAGAAGAGUUGAUUGUAAAGCAAUCUCAAGCGCAUAUUGCUAUUUUUAACUCGCAUGAACCUAAAUUGGCACACAAGUUUCUAAAUUCUGGAUUCCCAAAGGUUUCUUUGAUUGAGAGCAAUAUCAAAAUGGCUAGUCGACAAAAGGUAGGAUAAUAUUAGGAAAAGUUGAUGUAACUUUUUUUAAAGUUUAGUUAGAGAUUUGGAAAUUUGGGAGAUUGAAGAGUGUUUUGUACGUCGACUAUUGUAAAAAGGAGAUUUUAAAACUUGAAAAAUGUUGAAGUUACAGUGAACUCAACGUACCACACUUAUUAAAAAUAUUUUUCUUUGUUUUUAAUAGAACUUUUUGCACUGUGCAGCUAUAGAUUUUAAAUUUUUAGUAUAUGUAGGUUAUUUAUUUUGUCAACUAAACUUUUAAAAAAUUAUUUUAAUUUAAAAAAAUUCUUGAGGUUACAUGAGGUUUACCAUACCCAUUAUUUUUGUUUGCUUUUUUGGUUUUUUAAUUAAAAUAUGAUGAAUUUUUAUUAAAAUUAAAUAGAAUUUAAUAAAAAUAAUUUUAAAAAAUUAUAAUCAAUAAAGAAUUAUAAACACUUUAAAUAUUCUAACAAACACACAAUAAAGACCCAAAAAGGCCAUGGAUAAUAUAAGAUUGAGCCGGAUUUUGCUGGUAAUGCAUGAACAGAAGAAAAGUUUCUUGGUGUAGUAGUGUCAUAGUAUUGUAUUUUGCCCGUUUGUGUUGGAUCAUCGUAUUUUUCUUCCGUUAUAUCUGAGUUACGGAUGUAUGCAACCUCACGGAACCUUUGGAUUCUGUGAAAGACUGCAAAGUCUUCGUUUGGCUUGGAGAAACUAAAAAGUUCUAGGUGAAUUUUUAUGACAAUGUUAAGUCAAAGGUUUAGAAGGGCAAACACUUUUUUUAUAGAGCAGGAAAUGGCAAGAAAUUAAUUUAUAUUACACUUACACAAAGUCUUCUUCACUGAUUUUUGAUGAAUCUGGAGUUUGAACUUGAUGGCUAGCUUUUUUAGUAUUUUCUUCCAUUCUUUUUGUCUUUAAGGUAUUGUUUUGUUUGUUUUCAUCUCUUUUUGCAUACUAAAAACGAUGGGUAUGUAAAAAGAACCGAUAUUAAUGUAGGUUAUGGUGGGAUUGAAUUUUUUUUCGCUUUUUUUUCGUCGACACUAUCUACCUCAAUGUAACCCAAGUAAUUUAAAAACAAUUUUUUGAUAAAAUCUUAAAAAGACCUCACCUGAAAAACGGAAAUUUUGUUCUUACUAGCACCAUAAAACUUCCGGCUCUCAAACUUGGACCAAUUGCUUUUUUGUCGAUUAUCCUUGACAAAAGUUGUUAGCCUACACUUCCAGGCUCCUCGAAGUUCGUACAUAUUGUUAGGUUUAAUUCGAACUGCAUACCAAUGUCGUUUCUCUUCGUACUCAAAUCGUACUGUGUCGUUUUUCCAAGAAAUUAUGGCAGAACUCUGAUUUCCGAGGGUUUUCCAUUGAAUUUUGUCGGUUUGCUCUCGGAUUCUAUGGGAUUCGAUUAUUUUGUCAGCGUCGAUUUGUAGCAGGAUCUUGUUGUUGAAGUAGAAUGCUACACUGACUUGGAUCUGAAGGUAGGAUAGAGUUUUCUAAUACAUUUUUUUUCAAACAAGCUUUAAAGUUUCCAGGUAAAAAGGGCUGAUAGAUAAAAAAAAAGCUAUGAAUUGAAUUUCAAAUAGACCUGUAAAGGGCUGGAUUUUUUUUUGACUAGGUUUUGGCUCGGGCCCAUGUUUGAAGGGUUGUCCGCUUUUGAACUUGCUGUAGCCUGGGGCCGGAGCUGGCCUAGUGAGCCCCUUCUAAAUAUAGCUUUAAUCGAACUUUUAGCUCGGCUUAGGCUUUAUUUCUGCUUCUGUGGUCUAAUCUGUUUAACUUUGACUGGGUGUAGCCUUUCAUCGGUUCGUUUUAUAAGAUGUUUUAGGUUUUCAGCUUCUUUUUGUAGCCAUUUUAGCUUUUUAAACUCACUUUGUGUCUGGUUUUUGGUGGAGGAGGGCAUCGUAAUACGAAAUCACUAGGUCUUGUGUGCAUAUCUGAAAUCAUAGGAAUGAAGGUUUUGAAAAGACAUUAGUGUAGUUGUAAAAAAUUAGAUGUUCUCUUUAUACUAGACUUGAAAGGGUGCUUACUAGGCUCCGCACGGGUGCGGGAGAAGAAAAUUUGUAAUUGCCAGGACACUAGAGGUGAAACUAAGGCAGGGACCCAUCAAAAUUUAUUUUUAAGGUGAGGAAACACAUGGAAAAUGACAUGGCCAAAAAAAUUGGGUCCGGCCCUUUCAAGUCCACUCCUCAUGCGAUGUGGAGCACAUUGAGUUGGUUUUGGAAAUACGGAGCUUUUGGUCCUGUUCUAACUUAAAAAUAGGCUUACGUUGAUUCCUGGGAUGCCUGACUUUUCUAUCCGAUGAUGUAGCACAUACACAAACCAGUAACAUAACUACUGGCCAACAAUGAACUCGAAACAUAUAUAAUCAUAUGAAAUAAAGUAAUGUAGCUCAAGCAAAAAUAUAGUCUUUAUACAGUAAUAUCAUAUAAAAAUACAGUAAUACAGUUAAAAUACUGUAACCUAGCUCAAAACCUUUAGUACUAGGUAAUAGCGCAACAAUGUAAAAGGUUAACAACUCAAACACAAUGCCGAAACGUUUAGAACAAAAGGUCAACGGCUGGCGAAUGGCAAAUGUCAUAAAGCCAUUUGAGGAUUUGUCACAAAUCCAAUUUGGUGGGCUUGAAGACGGAACCCCCGCGAACUUUUGCCUUCCCAAAAUCAAAUCGACACACACUUGAUGCUAUUUAGUACGCUUUUUGCACAUUUGUGUUCCGCGUUUCGGCCCCCAACGUGAUUAUAUUGAAUUUUGAAUUUAGAGGGUCGAAAAUUAAUUUUAUGUUUUUUUUUUAGUUUUAGGCUUAAAAAUUAUGUUUGGUUUUAAAACUUUAGGCAUUAGUGACGUUGCUAAAGGUGAGGGGGUGGGCGAAUGGGGAUGGACAGGGCCGGGCGGGGACUUUUGGUCUGGGGGCAGGGGUCCAAAAAAAAUCUGUGUCGAUUUUUUGCGAAAAUUUUUUUUCCAAAAAAUCCACAGGGGGGACCACGUUCAAAUUUUUUCGAAAAUUUUUUUCUGGGGGGGGUACCCCCCCACGUCCCCCCCCUCGCGCCCGGCCCUGGGGGUGGACAUACUUUUUCUUUUAGAAAAAAUAUGUAGCGUAGUAAAUUUUAUAUGGCAAACAGGGACGUCGCUACGGAUUUUCUCUGGGGGAGGGGGAGGCCGAAAAAACAUUUUUCGUCUACAGGUAGCUGUGGACCGAUUUAAAAAAAAUUUUUUUUUUGUUUUUUUGCGUACAGGUACCUUACCUGUGGAAUUUUUUUUCGGAUCGCUUCUGUGGGAGGGGGGUACCACCCCCUACAACUCCCCCAAACGACGUCCCUGAUGGCAAAGGUUAAGUUAAAAACGUCUUCUUGGACUGAAAACUGCAUCUUACGCUUAAAAUUGAACUUUUAGACAUUAAAAUUAAAUUUGGGCAUAAAAAUGAAUUUUCGGCUAAAAUGAAAUUUUAGGCUUAAAAAUAAAAUUUUAAGUUUGAAAAUGAAAUUUAGGCUUAAAAAUGAAGUUUUAGUUUUGAAAAUAAAAUUUUAGGUUUUAAAUGAAACUAUCGACAUAAAACUGACACUUUAGGCCUAAAAAUUAAAUUUUGGACCUAAAACGUAGUUUUUUUUGUAAAAUACGAGAUUAAGAUUUUUUAGGUUUUGACAUCAGAAGAGCCGCGAAUCAACGUCUUCUAUGCUUCAAUACAAGAAGAUAUAUUAUCGCCAGCUAAAUCUUCACCUUUAAGUAAACAGUCGUUAGCCAGAAUGUUACUUCCCGCCAAACAUAUGAAUAAUAAAUGUACGUUUUUGGCGUUAAAAUGACGUUUUUUCAUUGGAAAUGAGGGUUUUUAGAUUUAAUUUUUUUUGUAGUUUUUAAAAUUUUGAAAACUUUGAAAUUUGGACUAACCUUGCUAUUUUCAGUGUCACUAAUAAUAGGAUGCCUACCUCUCUUAACUCAACAACAUACUAUAACAACAUCACUGCUAAAUCAACUUUUAAUCUUUUCACGACGAGCGGCGGUCGAAAAGUCUUGGACCAACCGGCUGUUAAACGAAGAAUCGAAUAAUGAUCAUCUACUUGAUUUCUACCCACCCGACACUAUAUAUGAUGUCACCCGCCCUGGGCUGAUCACUUUUUUGAAUCCAGGGUAGGUAAGUGCUAUGGUUAUGAAAACGGUUACUGUAACUAUUGGGGUUUUAAAACAUUUUGAAGUUUUGGUUUAAGGCAAUUUUGAAGGAGAGUAUAGCCUAAUAUGGCAGAGAAUUUGAAGUUGUUACCUAUUUUUUAAAAAAAAAUAUAACAAAAAGAAGAUUUUCAAUAUUUUAGGCAACUGACCCUACUGAAAUGUAAUCAAGAUCAAGAUUUGGAGUUUUAUUCGUUUCGAAACAAACUCUACUCGUUUCUCUAUGAUAAGUUCUUCACGGUGAUUCCAUUGACGGAACGACAAGGCUUCGGAUCAGACUGCUUUUAUCCAGAAGCGAUUGAGAACACCAGUAUUACUCAUGAACAAAAAUUGAAAUCGGUAUGAUUUAAUUUAUUUUUGUGUUAGUUUUUUGAAUUUAGCGUUAGGGGGCUAAGCUAAAGGUUUUUUAAGCCUAAAUUUUGAUUUUUGUUUUUAAAAUUUUAUUUUUAGGCUUGAGCUUUUAGUUUUAAGCCUAAAAAUGAUUUUUUAUGCCCAAGGUUUACUUUUUAAGCCGAAACAUUCAUUUCCAAGCCUAAAUUUCAUUUUUUAGUCUAAAAAAUCAGUUUUAAGCCUAAAAUUCAUUUUUAAGUUUAAUAAAUCAUUUUUAAGCCUAAAAAAACCAUUUUCAGAUUGGCUACAAAAUUACCGACUUCUACCCACUUUUCAUAAUGCCAAAAGAUAUCAAAGCAGUACUAAAAGAAUUGGCAGAGACUUUUUCAGAUUAUAAUUCAAGUUUGAUAGCUAUGGAGUUGGCUUGUUGGAUGGAUUUGGUCAGUAAAUUGGCACCGACCAAGGAUUUGAAGGCGCAGUUAGUGUAAGUUUUUAUACCUAGCCUACACUUUCUUUUUUUGCGAUAUUUGCAAAUUUUGGCAUAAGUUUUUGCGUUGACCGGCUUCGCCUUGUUAUGUAAGACAAUUUCAGAAAGCUCUUCCCAGACCUAGAAGUACCAGGUGAACUAGAAGGUCCGGUACAAGAUCAUUCACCUGAAGUCAUCUACAAUAAUUUCCCGGUUGGCCAGAAAUUAUUCACAAGUCCAGAAGGAAUGGAGAUUUUCAAGGAGUUUGUGGCCAAAAUGAUCAAUGUUAGGCAAGGAAAUUAUGUGGAUUGA